AUGGACACCAGCACUAUCUCUUUGCACUUACAUUUGCCGCCACAACUGGUAAAACUGCUUAGCAGCACCCCAGCUCUCUCCGUCGCCAUACUAUUAGCCUUCGUCUUAUCAUUCGUUCUCAAUCGAGCCAUUGAAGACCGCUCCAUUCCCAAAAUCACAAGUUCAAAGUCCUGGCUUGCGGCCAGGCAAGACUUCAAUGCUCAUGGAGUCAAGAUUAUUGAAAAAGGAUUCCAUGAGGUCAAAAGUGGCGUGUUCCGGGUGACGGCCCUAGACGGCUCUGAUCUAGUCCUUAUUUCGCCUGAACAUUGGUUGGCGAUUUGUAAGAAGAAAGACGAAGAGGUCGCGCCCGCACGUAAAGAGUUUUUCCUCUGUGACUUGCACGGCGCACCAUUCGAAGAGCCUUUUCUUUACCGAUACCUCGGCACACGCAUGCCGGGAUUUGACCGCUAUCUUGAUGUCAUAUCCAAGGCACUGGACGAAGGUUUAUACAGCAUCCUAGAUCAAGGGGUUGAUUAUUCCGCAGACAAAUGCAAGCGUGUUAUCAUGCAGCCCCAGAUUCUACACGUCUAUUCUCACGUAAUAUGGCGUGUAAUAAUGGGUAAAGGCUUCAGACCAGAAGUUGUGGACAUAUUCGAGCAGUACUCCGCUACACUGAUACCCGUAAUGAAGAGGCUCAAAGCACAAAGACCCAUCAUGGCUCGCAUCACUGCCGCCUUUUCAAAUGAAGUGCGUCACGUCAACGCACAGUUGGAGCAAGCAACCGCGUUCUUUACACCAAUAUUUGAGCAAUACGUUCAAGCGUUCGAACAAGGAUCACCAAAUAGUGAGGUGGAUAACGAGUGGUUUACAGAGCUUGUUAACAUGGCACCGGCUGAGAAGCGCCGUGAUUACAAGUUCCUCACUAACAUUUUGAUUGGUUUCGCCUUCACCUUUGUGUUCUCGCCCGGGCCCUCAACUACGCAGGUUGUCUACGAGUUUGCAUUCCGUCCUGAUUAUGUUGAUCAGGUGCUCGAGGAGGCACACAAAGUCUUGGGGGAGCAAUCGGAACAUUGGAUAUUCACGCGGGACAGCCUUCGCAGGCUUUCACUGUUGGACAGUUUCUGCAAAGAGACUCACAAACAUCAUCCAACAGCUGCCUCAAACCUGAUGAAGAAGAUCCACAAGACUCAAACGCUGCCUAACGGGGUCGUCCUUCCCGCAGGCACCAUCUUUGAGGUGGUCAUGACGGCGGCCCACUUGUCGAACCCAAACCUAGAGAACCCGGCCGAGUGGAAUGGACGUCGCUAUCACGACCUGCGGCAAAAGAUGUCUUCAACAACAAUAGGCUCCAAUAAAUACGACUGGGGCAGCGCGACAAGGGAUGAUGUCAACUUUGGCUACGCUUCGCACAUGUGUCCUGGCCGAUGGGCUGGCUGUUCUAUUGCUAAGAUGUUCCUCAUCAAGCUACUGGCCAGCUACCAAAUUCGCCCAGAAGAUGGCGUGACCGAGAGAUAUGAAGACCUCCACUCUGGCCAAUACAUCUUGCCAAAUCCAACCAAACAUAUUCUUAUUCGGCCGAGACACUAG